AUGUCUGCAUCUACUGCAGAUAUCCUUAGGGUACGGGAUGAGUUGCGGAGGCUCAAUUUGAACCCGGAACCCCAACGUGGGGCCUUUGCUGCAAGGAGCUCAGGGUUAAAGUUUGAUGUGAAGAAGGCGACUGCGUUAGCGAAGCGAUUCAAAAAUUACUCCGCCGAGGCGUCGGAAAAAACAAUCUUGAUGCAGCUUGACACUGUGAGCUUUGGUAUGUUUAUUUCCGAGGCGGCUCACGGUGUCGUGCAGUCGCUUGGUCAUGGGACAAGGAUGAAGCCAGCGGAUGCCCAUUCGCUAGCUGUAGUCUGCUCCGAGGUGCACCAGCGCUACGGGGAGUUCUGGCCCUCGGUCCUGAAAGAGUUGAAGGAGAAUGUUGAAACUAUUGUGGACGCCGCGGCACUCAAGGCAGCCGUGGAACGCAUUGAGGAAUAUGCAUUAGCGACGGUGUCAACCGCUGGAGAAGGAGCUGCGCCUUCAGCAAUGACAGUAGCAUCCUCGGGGUCUUCUGUACCUCCGUCUGCCGCAGCCAAAAACAGCCUCCCGACGUCAUCAGUUAAGUCGCCUGUGGAUGAAUUUAAUCGUCUGCGCUUGGUCACUAAGGUGUUUUGUGAGUGGUGGCUUGUGGGGCUUUUUUCGGAUGCUAAACCGGUGCUGAACCUCUUGAAGUUACUGUACAAGCUUGCGGAGAAGCGGGCGGGAGCGCCAAAUACCCCUCUAGCCGUCGCGACAGUUCUCUCGAUUACGGUUCUUGUGGUACGCGAAGUAGGCAUUGAAAUACUUGGUAACGAGAAUGCAGCGUUGUCGUGCCUUUUCCCCGGAAACAGGGAAAGUGCAAAGGGCCCAGAGGGACUUCGUGAGCUCAUGGGACGCUGUGGGGUGUUGACAACUGACGAAAACACGGAGGAGGAGAGGAUGACAAUGCUCCUGCUUGGCCCCGUGGGAGCUCGGUUGACGUUCAACGCCACAACCAAAGUGGUUGGACUGGUGGAAGAUGCGGUGGCGCAUCAGGCAGAGGAGGCAAGCUGGGCGAGGUUGUGCGAAAUCCGCAACUCUUCAGCGGUAAACUACAGCAGAGAUGUGGAAAAACGCCAGUUCAUUGGGCUCGUUCUAGCCACUGCGAAGGCAGGUCUUAGAGCUUAUACACAAGGUAAAAACGAGAUUGAGAAGUGGUGGCGCUCCUUAAAUGAUCCGGCUGAACUCCGCGGGAGAAAUACACGCUUUAAUGUGGAUGAGGCACGGUUUCGUUUGCUUCAGGAGCACGUAGAACGACUGUUUGUGGUGUGUGAUAACUUGCUUGGCAUGCUGGGCUUUGUCGCCCCGUUGCCCAUCGAUCUCUCGAUUGUUGAACAAAAGGAGGAAGUUGACGCGGUGCGGAUUUCAGUAAUUCAAAAAUUCCGCCCCAUUGUGGGGGCGGAGACGCUGAAUCGCUUUGAGAACGAUGAACAGCGGAUAUUCUACGAGUAUGUUCCGGAACUCGAGGCGUUGUCGAAUGAUGCACUCCUGUUGUCGUUGGCUGCCGAAAGGGCGAACUGGGACUUGUUCUCGCGCCACAGGGCCAGUGGCGGGGCGACUGCGUCACCGUUCGUACCGGCUUUGUCUGCUGUGGCACUUGGGGCGGCUGGUGGGGGCGGCGAUGCCGAAGGCAGUGAGGAGGACUUGAUGGACGACGAAGUGGAGGUUCAGACGACGGCUGACGCCGUCGAGGAAGGCAAGUAUCAAAAUUGCACUGAGGCCGUGGCAUUAAUGAAGCGUCGGCGACUUCGCCUGGCUAAAUUGGCCGUCCCUGCGGCGCUGUUUGAUGACUAUGCGGCAGUAUUGAGGUUGCUGGAGGAGCUUGAGCGGUGCGCCAGUGCUGCUAUGGUGGAUGAAUGGUGCGAACGGUUUGUUGGGGAGGCACUUCAGCCGCUUCGUCGUUCAUCGGAGAACUUUGUUGGGGCUGCACUGUUCUUCACAAACUGUCGAAUGCUAUUGACGCUGGAGUUGCGUCACUUUUCGCGCUUCCGCCACCCUGAACAACUUCCAUUUAUGGCUCGCUGUGCCGCAAUCCUUCAUCAGUACUUUCCUGAUGUUGGGGAGUACCUUGGUACAAAGCUGGAGGCGCAGUGGAGACGAGAGUAUACAGCUGCCACCUUGACAAGAGAGACAGACACCUCAUGCAGCACAUGGAGCGAUGCGGUGUUGCAGCGUCGGUGCACUGCCACCGUGCGGUAUCUGUGUGAGUUGAUGAAGUUUGGAAGUAUUCCACCUAGCCGGGUGUUGAACGUUUUGAAUGUUGCGAUGGAGGAACUGAAGCGGCCCUGCAGUGUAGCAACCAUUGCUGGCGCCAUUGAGCACGGUGGCCUUUUCUUGGUUCGCAACCACUUGACACGUCGAACGGCGGAUAAGUUAAUUAAAAAACUUAAGAGUGCGAUGCAGGAGGAGGCAGUGAGCGAAGAGUCCUCACACACAAUCACAAAGGCGUUCACCUUCUUGCGAUCUGCACCUCCUGCAUCUGUUGUGAGUUGCCGUGUUGCCCCGGAAGAGCAGACCCCACUGGCGAAGUAUGUGCAGUAUCUGCUGCAUCGUAUCUUGUCCCCGACGAACUAUAACUUUGUGCGGAGGGAGCUGCUUAAGAUGCCAUGGAAUGAAGCUGAAAGUCGGGAAAUGCUUAUUCGAGCGCUGCGUGGUGCACACCAGGUGAGUUGGGAUGCCAUUCCAUUUCUGGCCGACUUCUUGGCCGUGCUCUCCCAAGCGGGCUGCAUCCAGGUAGUGCAGCGUAUUCUGCACGAGAUUGCAGAGGACAUGAGGCGUGACUUGGAGGUCGGCAGCGCAGUCACGAGACGUGGUCAUGGCGAUGUAACGAACCAUCGGAUGACCUCCGGUGCCCAUCUCCCAUACCGCCCUUUGCAGUGGCGCCUGGUUGACUGUUUUUAUGUUGCCAACUUCUACCGUGUUCGGUUGGUGUCUUUCCGGUUUGUGGUCCACCUGUUGCUGCUACUGCUGCAAUACUUUCCUCUUGCCACACCUCACUGCAAUGACUACAGCCGCCUGCAGUGCUCGGUUACCCUGCUUUGGGAGUGCCUCCCGUAUCUUCCUUGGGCCGUAAGUACAGGUGCUCUCACUGGGGGACGGUCUCGCGCAUUAAGAGCCAUGGAACACCUUGACAGUCUGCAUCAGCUGCUUCGAAAGCUCAUGUCACUACUAUUUCUUUACCGAUUUAGCCUUCCAGAGACGCUGCCUUUGCAACUGAAGCUUAGGCUCAAGGAACUCGUGGAGGAGCUUGGCAACAAACUGCACCGAGAUGCGGCCCAGCGGGAGGGAUGGGAGAUGCUCUACAAGCAAGAGAAAUCUGAGGUGAAGUUGAAGGAGCAAACAACAGAGGACCCACAAGAGCGCGGCCCUGAGCGGGAGGGAACAUCAUCGCAGAUGUUGAGGUUUCCGGAGACAAUGGCAGAAGCCGAAACGUACGCCAAGGCUGUAGCGGAAGAAACUGUGUUUCCUGCCAAUACGUGGUAUGAAAAAACCUACAAGGCCUUUCAAGACUGUCAAACUGAUGGUCCUUUUUUUCGUCUUUUUCCUAUAGGCGAACAAGAUGAGCCACUGGUCCGUACACCGGAGUCUGCGCAAACUCACAACGCCGAUAUGGAGGACACCAUACCGGCGUCGAUGGACCUCCUACCCGAAGAGUUGGAGCACGCGGACGAGGUUUCCACUGAAAAUGACAGUGAUACAGUGGAGGAUGAAAAUUCCACGCAUCAGAUCAUCAUUAAUAGGAGUUGCAGUGGUGUGGGAAGCAUAAGCAGCUCUAGCUCCUACUAUUAUGAGAGCGCUAGUGAGCGCGACAGCAAGUGCGAAAAUGUUGCAACACCACUCACCUCUGCUUCUCUGUCGGAGGUAACUUCCACAGACGAGGAGGAAGAGGAGGAAGAAGAGGAGGAAAGUGAAGCAGAGGAGGAAGAAGAAAGUGAGGCAGAGGAAGAAGAAGAAAGUGAGGCAGAGGAGGAAGAAGAAGAUAAUGAGUUUGAAGAAGGCGGUAUUUUUGCUGCAGCAGAAACACUGCGACUUAGGCUUGAGGAAGCCAAUCUUGACGGCGAGCUGCGUAAACUCAUGUCGGAAAACCCCAGAGAGGCCAUGGGAACUGCCGUUGCUUCCGCAGUCGCGAGGGGCAUUCCCGCAGAGCGUCUCAUGGAGCAGGACCUGGCGAUAGGUAUGCGAAUGCAUCGCCAGCAGCGGCGUAAUUGCACGCAGAAAGGUCCCCUAGCGCCUGAACUUGAAUCGCAGAAAGAGGAGCCGGUGCAGGCGGUGCAUUUCACGCUGCUGCGGCGCCCUCCGCCUAACAGUUCGACCGCUGGGAAGUUGGGGAGUGUGGGCGUAGCUGCUGUUUCUACCGCUAGUACUCCUCACUCCACGGCAGUUGCGUCAGCCAACGUGAUGAAAGUAAAUAAUGUUGCUGUUCUUAGCAUUCCCCGCUGCACAGAAUUUGCUCGGAAUGCUUUGGUGUCACAAGAGCAUUAUCGACGGCAACAAGAAGAACUACGAGAGAUCACUCGGCGCAUCAAUCGCAUGCAAGAAGAAGAGACAAGUGCCCACGCUCUGAAGCCAAGGGUCUCACGGUAG